AUGACCAUCCCUCAGGCAGCUGCUCCCAGCCAAUCCCAGUGCUUCUUUCAUGUACACCUGAAUUCACUGUCUGCCACCCAGGAAGAAUCCAUGAAGAAGAGGAAGAUGGAUGAUUACAUCCUUCAUCCAGAAGAGCGGGCCGCGUUCUUCACACUCUUUGAAGACGAGAACAUCCAGUUAUUUCUUAUCAGCGACAGCUGCUUGAAGAUCUCGGACAAGUAUCUCCUGGCCAUGGUCCUCACCUACUUCAGAAGAGCAGGACUGCCUACUGAAGAAUAUAGAAAAUAUUUCUUUCCAUCUCUAUUUUUGGCCAACCAAUUUGAAGAGGACGAGCCAUUUCGAGAGGAGAUCUACCCCUGGGCCUUCGGAUGGACGUGGACCAUACAGCGGGAGCAGCUUCACCAACUGCGUAACCUAUUGUUCAUCCGGAUGGGAUUCAGAGCUUGGGUGGACCGGGCCACCUGUGAUCUGAUCAUGGCACAAGACCCUGGACAUUGGGCAUGGAAGAGAGAGAGGAAAGUCCAUCACAGCUGGGCCAUACGCGAAUUCAGGAGGAAAGAUACAGAAUUCUCCAUCAAAGGCCCAUGGAUCAGCCCUGAACCCUGCUCUCUUUAUGUGCUGCUGCCAGGAUGGAGAACAUGGCCGCUGGACCUUCAAGGAGAAGAAGAUCGAGAGGACAGGAUGGAUGAAGACCUGGAUGAUGGAGAUGAAGAUGCUGUGACAUUUACCAUUGCUUUAUUGUGUGAAUGA